AUGGGAAGUCACUGCUCCUUUAAUGUAAGCCUGCCUGAGUCUGAUAAUCAUCUUCAAGUGGCUAAACGAGGAGAAUCUUCGUCACUUUUCCCUCCCCAUCUUCCAAUUGAUUCAAGUGCAAGUGUGUUUUAUAAUUCCUUGGAUUGGAAGCAAAGCAACUUUGAUGAGUUUCCUAUCCAAGAGAGCUUUGAAGAUGCUGGUGUUCCAUUGAUGAACAGCUUCUCUUUAUACUCUCCUUUGGAUAUUCAACAAAGUCCAACUCAAGACGAUCAGCUUCUUGGAUAUGAUAAUGGAAAUGGAUUUUGGAAUGAAGUAGGAGCACUGUUUGAACCCAAAAAUCAAAGGGUUUUGAAGGUUAACAAUGGAGAAGAAGGAUUAAUAAAUGAAAACAAAGCUAAAAGGGAAAAGAAGUGCAACCCUAAUGCUAAAAUGCUGUCAAAGGAUGUUAUCUCCCAAUACUUUUACAUGCCUAUAACUCAAGCAGCGAAAGAACUCAACUUAGGGCUGACAUUGUUGAAGAAAAGGUGUCGGGAACUCGGAAUCCGCCGAUGGCCGCACCGGAAACUUAUGAGCCUCAAAACCCUAAUCAACAACAUCCAGGUGUUGCAGACGGAGGGAGGGGAGGGGAGCGAAAGGAAGCUGAGGCAGGCGAUGGAGGUUUUGUCGAAGGAGAAGAAGAUGUUGGAAUCGAUGCCGGACAUGGAGUUGGAUGACAAGACCAAGCGGCUUAGACAAGCGUGUUUCAAGGCCAAUUACAAGAAAAGGAAGCUGAUGAUGGAGCAGCGGUCGCCGCGGCCAUUAGUGUCAUCUUCUAGUACUACUGUUAGUAGCCAAGCUUAUGACAUGCGAAAUGAAGAAGAAGAAUAUGAUGAUGAUGAAAUGAAAGCUCUUUUAUCUGACUUUUUUUCAUCGACCAACAUCAUGAUAUAA